GUAAAACAUUUUUACAGGUUAGUAGCUUUUUGGAAUUGAAUGUGUAAAUAAGAAUGUGUUGGAGUGGACGCUAAAAUCGAAAUGUGGGAAGUCGAUGUCUAGCCUCGGGCAGCCUGCAUUCUAACUAAUUGACAGUUAAAUGAAGUGGGACAAGCAUUGCAACCCCAGGUCAGUCUGGCUGUAACCACUGCAGCCAAAGCGUUCCUGGGACAGUCAAAUAGGAUUAUGGCCUCUUAAGCUUGAAACAAAAGCUCUGCUUCACAUAGAGGCCAUGGCCCUUAGACACAGUAAGUUACUGUAUCAAAGUCAAAGCAUACCAACUACAACAUGGCCACAUAGUUCAUCAAAGACCACCACAUCUAGGAAAAGUCUGAAAAAACAAUAAGUCAGUGUUUGCAACAUCUUCCUGUUGCACUCAAGAUCCAUCUGUGGCUGUUGUCCGGUAUCCAUGGGGACCAGGAAGGUUCUGGUGACAGGGUGCUCCUCUGGCAUCGGCCUAGCUGUGGCUGUCCGACUGGCCAGGGAUGAUCUCAGGAGGUUCAAAGUGGUGGCCACCAUGAGGGACCUGGGGAAGAGGGAGGCCCUGGAGCGGGCGGCCGGCAAGGCUCUGAACAGGACCCUGGAGAUCAGACAACUGGACGCCUGCUGUGAAGACUCCAUCAGAGAGUGCGUCAACAGCCUGCCGGACAGACUGGUGGACGUGCUCGUGAACAAUGCUGGCGUGGGGAUGAUCGGGCCUCUGGAGUGUCAGAGUGUGGAGUCCAUGCAGGACCUCUUCAACACCAACUUCUUUGGUCUGGCGCGUCUGGUGAAGGAGGUGCUGCCCGACAUGAAGAAAAGGCAGAGCGGACAUAUUGUUGCGAUGAGCAGUGUCAUGGGGAUUCAGGGUCUGCUCUUCAAUGACGUCUACUCGGCUUCAAAAUUUGCGGUGGAGGGAUUUUGUGAGAGUCUAGCUGUUCAAGUCAUGAAGUUUAAUAUCAAAAUGACUCUAGUGGAGCCGGGGCCGGUGGUGACAGAGUUUGAGAGGAAGGUGUAUGAGGACGCCGAGAAGAUGGACCUGUCAGGGACAGACGAGGAGACUGCCAGAAUCUUCCGCCAGAUAUACCUACCGUACUCCAGGAAGGUCUUCGCCUCCCUAGGCCAGACCCCGGAGGACAUAGCCGAGCAAACGCUGAAAGUGAUCACAGCCAAGGAUCCUCCACUUCGCCACCAAACCAACCGUCUAUACGUGCCCAUGACUGCCCUGAAGCAGGCUGACCCCACGGGCCGCCUGCCUCUGGACACCUUCUACAAGAUGCUCUUCAAACAUGACCGUGUGUUCAAUGCCAGUCUGGGGGUGCUGCGUAUGCUACAGAAGAGAAUGGGGAAAGGUUCCAUAUGAAGGACAGUCACAUUGAAACCCCUGGAGGGAUGGUGUGAGUAAAGACAGAAUCAAUGGGCUUUUAAGAUUCUGGUGGAGUGUGUGUGUGUGUGUGUGUGGGGGGGGUACUCCUUACUGUUAGUCCUGGGUUCCUCUUCACUCAGAACCUCUGACUCAUAAUGCCUACACCAGGAUUGGAGAGUACAGUAGAUAGGACUGAAUGAUAGGCGCAAAUGUCAGGGACACAUGAGGUUCUAUUCAGUUAUGUUUUUGUGUGAAACCCAAUCAUUUGCCUUGAGCUGUUUGUACAUUAAACACAGGGGUGUAUGUUUCAUAAUAUAUGUGUGGGACAUUGGAAAUUGUAACACCCUUUUAUUAGGGCAGGCUUUUAUUAAGAACAUUAUAUUUAUUGGCCGCAUCCUCGGUUAUAAACCCACAUUUAAAACAAAACCUUCACCCCUGAUUAAGUGUAUAAAAAGUAAAUUCCCAAAAGUAUGUCACUCCAGACUAUGCUCUAAACUGUGAUGUUUUCUUCAGGUGAACCUCAUUGGCAGUGCCAGUGUGUCUCUAGACUGACCGGACUGCCUGCUCUAACUGCACCUGUUCAGCCCUGUCUGUCAGAUAGCUGGAUAUGCUUACACACCUGUAAUUGUACAUUUCGAUUUCUGAAUCAUUAUUAUUGUGUUUGAACUGAAUUACUGCAUACGUUAACAAUACUUGAAUAAACACAAGACAAACAUA